AGUAAAGGAACAACCGAGAGCAGAGGGGCAGGGAGUGCAACAGAGCAGGCAAAAAAAGGACCUAUACCACACAACUGCUCUCUGACGUGAAACUUGCACGUGGCUUUGGAUGUGAUGUUUUGUUGGGAGAGUUAGUAGGGAGCACCUGAGUUGUGUCAGACAAGCAGAAGAGCACACUGCUACCUGUGCACAGUUUUACGUUUUGUGAUAGCGGUGAGGAUCCAGUUUGUAUUUUUAAGGAGAAAAGAAGAAGGGCUGGGCAAAGAUCAAAACUGGACCUCAUCCAUCUCCUCUUGGGCUGCAUCCCUGCGGGUGCGUUGUGUGCAGACAGACAGACAGACAGGCUGAUUUGAACACUGAAUUGCUUCAUUUGAUGAAAGCCCAACUUUUGUGGAUCUUGCAGCUUUUCCAGCCACCACACAACUUCUCUGGAGCCUGGAUCCACUGCUCAGUGUGAGAAACAGCAGGAGCGAGCAGGGGAAAAAGAGAAUAUUGCCAUCCAUCUCUAGCUUCCACAGCCCACCCUCAGCUUUGAACGCCCCUCCUCUCUGCCUCUUCUUUUGCCCCCUGUACUCCCCUCAUCCCCUCCUCUACACCUCACCCCCCAACAGAGCAGAAAGCGUGAAAAAUCUCACUAAUGGGUUUAUUUGCUGUCAGAUCUGCGCCGAUCUGUCAUUCCCUUGGACUAUUCUGCUUGACACAUUUCAUAGUUGAGUAAGCCUCCUGGCUUUCUGGCUAGAGUUAACAGUGCCGCUGCAACGUUGUGCUGGCUAAGAGCUCAUCAAGAGGAGAGCAACGGCAGCAGCAGUCAGUCUGACAGUCUUUUGGACAGGGAGUCCCUGAAGCUGCAUUCCUCUGGUCUCCUUCUCCCUGUUAGGACUUUGUGUCUGUGAGCCUUCUGGGCAUCCUCAGCUUCUGUCUAAUUACACUGCGGGUCUCCUCCGCAGAAGAUUCAGGCUGUUUCUGCAGAGCUUCUGGUGCUGAUUGAAAAAUAGUGUGAAGAUGUGGUGUGGGGCUGGGCCUCUGGCCGUGGUGGCUGCAGUGUUUUGGACGCAGUUUGUCCUUAUGGAUGGGGUGGAUGCCAAGAAGGAGAGAAAGAGGCCAAAGGAGGCCAUCCCACAACACACAGAGACCAUCAAUGCUACUCUCUCCAACAGUGAAGAGGUCGGUGGAAGCAUCAAGAUUUCUGACAACCAGAGAGUAGAUCCAUUGGGAUCAUGGAUGGACUUUGUCAAAAGACCUGUUGGCAACUUCCCUGGAAAAUGUCGCAAACGCAAACGACCCCUGCCAGGCCCACCUGGUCCUCCAGGUCCUCCUGGCCCACAGGGACCGCCUGGCUCUCCUGGGGCUGAAGUGACCCAGGAAGUUCUUCUCCAGGAAUUUAAAGAGAUGAUUAAAGAGGCUACAGAGAGGAGAGCAGCAGCACUGGACAGACAAACCAGCCCCAGCCAGCUACCUACAGCUCUCCUCACCCUGGAGGGGAUGACCUCCUACCGACGAAUAGAAGAGGCUUUCCACUGCAAGCUCAAGGGACCUGUGGUGGUCGACAAGAAGACUCUGGUGGAGCUCCAGAACUUUCAGACACCACCAGCUAAAGGAGCCUUCCUCAGAGGAUCGGGAAUGGAUCAGUCUACUGGAAGAUUCACAGCUCCCAUCACUGGGAUCUACCAGUUCUCUGCUAAUGUCCACAUUGACCACAAUGAGGUGAAGAGGAGCAAGAGUCAGCUCAAGGCCAGGGAUAACGUUCGGGUGCUGAUCUGCAUCGAAUCACUCUGCCACAGAUACACCUCAAUGGAGAUGAUUGUUGGAUUAGAAAGUAACAGCAAGAUAUUCACUGUCAGCGUGCAGGGGCUGCUGGAGCUACAGGCCGGGCAGUACACCUCCAUAUUUGUGGAUAAUGCAGCAGGCGCUUCCAUUACAAUACAGAAUGGGUCAGAUUUUAUGGGCAUGCUGCUUGGCGUAUAGCCUCACACAUGAUAUGGGCAUUAUCCAAGCCAUCCACUGCUGCCGUUUUCUUUUUGUGUUUGUUACAAUGGACUGCUUAUGAGCACCACCGCACAGUACCAAACCACAGGGGAGGUUUGAAGGAAGGAAGUGAAGCUGACACUGACUUGACUGCUUGUCAGAUGGUGAAAGGACAGUGUGAAGAACUCAAGGACUGAGUUCGUUUUUCACAGUGCACUGCGACUCCUCUGAGGAACUUGGGUGUCUGUUGCUUCACCAAUAAAAUAGGCCUGAAAAUAAAACGGUGUAAAAUAUGUCUGUUUCAGUAUGUUUUUCAUGGUUGCUGAAGACCUUUGGGGGUAAACCAAAUAUCAAUGUUUGUCAUGUUUUCUGGAUAGAUGUGGGAACAUGAAAAAGUAAAAUGUUUUGUUUAAUGUGACAUGUUUAUAGUUUUGUCUACAUGAUCUAUGAUGUACACACUCAUGAACUAUAGUUAUUUUUUAUCAUGGAUUAAAUCUCACAUUUAUAUAUGUUAUAUGGUACAUAGACUGUGAGUACACUGGACAAUGGAAACACGUGCAAAAGUCAUCAUACAGCCUCUCAAGAUCAUGGAAAUGUGAUCUCCCACACAUGAAAUUACAUGUUUUAUAAUAUUUUUUUAAAAAAUUGUAUAAAACUAUUACUGUAUGAUUGAGCCAUGCUAGCGGCAUGGCUCUGUUAGGCAAUGUCAGUCAUUCAGUCCACCACUUUGGUUCAGAGCGAAAUAUCUCAAAAACCAUUUGAUUGCCAUGACAUUUUGCAGAGUCAUUUAUGGUCACAAGAGAAUGAAUCCUACUAACUUUAGUGAUCCACUCACUUUUCAUCUAGCCUUACCAUGAGGCUUAAGUGAAAGUUUUGUAAUUUUGAAUAAAAUAUAGCAAAAACUAUUGGAUCUUUUGCCAUGAAAUUUGGUAUACACGGUCAUGUUCCCCACAGGAAGAAAUAAACCAAUUAGCAUGCUAACAUCUGUUACAGUGUUAGCAACACCCUAAAUUAAGAAACAUGGUAAACAUUAUACCUGCUAAAUAUGUUGGCAUUGUCAUUGUGAGCAUGUUGGUAUGCUGAAAACCAUAGUAUAGCUGUAGACUCUUGUGGCGUAUUCACAGUAAAACGGAAAAACAAGGGUAUUGUGCUGCACAAUCGUCGGCUCAGUAUUUACCACUCUGGGACUACCAGCGGAGCUCUGCAAAAUGGCACCACCGUAGCUACAAUGCUAUUAGUGCUAGUACACUGCUACAUUUCAGAAACUCAAACAGUAUUUUUGUAACAAACAGCCAAGUGAAUAUCUGUUUGUCUGUUUUUAGGUAAUUGUUAUUGUACAGUUCUGGAAAUUAAGAGACACAAGUAUUUUGUUUUGUGUCAGACAUCGGGAUACAUCCUUUGUAAGAGAGAUGUAAGAGGAUGAUUUUUGAUUAGCCUUAAGCCUAUUUUUUGUUAUCAUUUAUCAUCUGUUAUUUCCACUGUAUUUUAUUAUUUUUUUGACAUACUGAUGUUUGUAAUUUAUCAUAACUGAUACACCAGUAACAAUGGAAAGCAAUGAAAUUUGAUGUGGUAUUUAUGUUUGAGGAAAUGUAUGAAUUGCAAGUUGAUUUAAACUCUUGUGGACUGUUGAAACCACAGAUUUUUGCAAGAAUAUAAUUAUAUCAUUUUACCAUAUUUUAUUACCCACACUAUGCUUUAAUUUGAAAUUAAACUUUUUAAAAAAUGUU